AUGAGUUUUUACAGGAGUUUCUUUCUAGGCUCAUCAAUAGAUGAGGUUUUUCAAAUCUGGAAGAAACGCUAUGGUUCCGUAUUCACCGUCUGGAUUGGACCUAUUCCACUGGUAAUGGUCAGCGAUUUUAUGUCAAUCAAGAAAUACUUCGUCCAAAACGCGGAUUUGUUCAGUGAUAGGUGGCGGAAUCAUGUCACAGACAGUUUACUAGGUGGUGCAAACGGUGUGGUUCAAGUGGAUGGCCCAAAGUGGCGUGAACAGCGUCGGUUCGCUCUGCACGUGCUGAGGAACUUUGGAGUUGGGCGACCGAUGAUGGAGGACAAAAUCAUGGAUGAGGUGAACGCGUUCGCCGUCCACCUUCGACAACAUCGCGGCGUUCGUGUGUCGAUGCAGAAUGCGAUCACCGUCUGCGUUGCCAACAUCAUCAACAGCAUGCUGUUUGGUAUACGAUUUCCACAAGUAAUUCAGACCUUCGCACUUUAUUAA